GCUUCUAGCUGGCAGUAGACGGAGGUGCUGAGCACCAGCUCGGUCGCUCUAGCAUCGUCAGUCGCCCGGGUCACCGGCAGCAGCGGCCCCGGGGGGGAGGGCGGCGGCUAGUGUCCUCCAGCUGGGAGCGCAGGGACGCGGGGCUGGCCAAGAUGCAGCCCGUGUACCAGGAUGCCAAACCCAACCCUUUGCAAAACGCUAACCUUUGCUCCCGUAUAUUGUUUUGGUGGCUAAAUCCCUUAUUUCAAACUGGUCAUAAACGGAGAUUAGAAGAAGAUGAUAUGUACUCAGUGCUUCCCGAGGAUCGUUCAAAAGUACUUGGAGAAGAGUUGCAAAGAUACUGGGAUAAAGAAGUCUUAAAAGCAGAAAAAGAAGCAAGAAAACCCUCUUUAACCAAAGCAAUUAUAAAGUGUUACUGGAAAUCCUAUUUAAUUUUGGGAAUUGUUACCCUGAUUGAGGAAAGCGCCAAAAUAGUGCAACCAUUAUUUUUGGGGAAGGUUAUUGAAUAUUUUGAACAUUAUGAUCCGGAUGAUAGCGUAGCUUUGAAUAGGGCCUAUGGCUAUGCUGCUGCUCUGACCAUCUGCACGGUCUUUUUGGCCACACUGCAUCACCUAUAUUUUUAUCAUGUACAGCGUGCAGGAAUGAAACUGCGAGUAGCCAUGUGCCAUAUGAUUUAUCGGAAGGCACUUCGUCUUAGUAAUGCUGCCAUGGGAAAGACAACUACAGGUCAAAUAGUGAAUCUUCUGUCCAAUGAUGUGAACAAGUUUGAUCAGGUGACAAUAUUCUUACACUUUUUGUGGGCUGGCCCAAUUCAGGCCAUAGUAGUUACUGUCCUUCUCUGGCUAGAAAUAGGAGUGUCGUGCCUUGCAGGAAUGGCAGUCCUGCUGAUCCUUCUGCCUUUACAAAGCUGCUUUGGGAAACUGUUUUCCUCCUUUAGGAGCCAGACUGCUGCUUUCACAGAUGUCAGAAUUAGAACGAUGAAUGAAGUUAUAACGGGCAUAAGAAUAAUAAAAAUGUAUGCCUGGGAAAAGCCGUUUGCAGACCUCGUUAUGUAUCUCAGAAGGAAGGAAAUCUCCAAGAUUCUUAAAAGCUCCUACCUCAGAGGGAUGAAUUUGGCAUCCUUCUUUGUUGCAAGCAAAAUAAUUGUGUUUGUGACUUUUACCACCUACGUGCUCCUUGGAAAUCCCAUCUCUGCCAGUCGAGUAUUUGUUGCUGUGACAUUGUAUGGUGCAGUGAGGGUGACUGUUACACUGUUCUUUCCGUCAGCCAUUGAGAGAAUGUCCGAAGCCAUUAUCAGCAUACAAAGAAUCAAGAAAUUCUUAAUACUUGAUGAAAUAUCCCAGGCCAACAUACAACUAGUGAAGGAUGAAAAAGCUGUGGUUCAUGUUCAAGACUUUACCAGUUAUUGGGAUAAGGCAUCAGAAAUCCCAACUCUCCAAGACGUUUCCUUUACUGUCCGGCCAAGGGAACUGUUGGCUGUGGUUGGACCUGUGGGAUCUGGCAAAUCUUCUCUUUUAAGUGCUGUGCUUGGUGAACUGCCGAAGUAUAAGGGAUUGGUCAAUGUAAAAGGAACAAUUGCCUAUGUUUCUCAGCAACCCUGGGUAUUUUCAGGAACUGUUCGAAGUAACAUUUUAUUUGGGAAAAGCUAUGAUAAGGAAAAGUAUGACAAAGUAAUAAGGGCAUGUGCCCUAAAAAAGGAUUUACAACUUUUAGAAGAUGGUGACUUAACUCUGAUAGGUGAUCGGGGCACUACACUAAGUGGAGGACAGAAAGCUAGAAUAAAUCUAGCAAGAGCCGUGUAUCAAGAUGCAGAUAUCUAUCUCCUUGACGAUCCUCUCAGUGCAGUGGAUGCAGAAGUUGGAAGGCACUUAUUUGACCACUGUAUUAGCCAAACUUUGCAUGAGAAGAUCCGGAUUUUGGUGACUCAUCAGUUACAGUACCUCAAGGAUGCAUCCCAGAUUCUGAUAUUAAAAGAUGGAAAAGUGAUGGAAAAAGGUACUUACACCGAAUUCCAAAAAUCUGGAAUAGAUUUUGGUUCACUCUUAAAUAACGAAAACGAAGAAGCAGAACAAGCCCAAGUACCAGAAACUCCUGUCCUGAGGCAUCGCUCCUUCUCAGAGUCUUCUGUGUGGUCCCAGCAAUCUUCCAAGCUUUCGUUGAAAGACGGACCUGCUGAGCAACUAGUAACUGAGGAUCUACCUGUUGCCCUACCUGAAGAGAACCGUUCUGAAGGAAAUAUAGGUUUUAAGUCCUACCGGAAUUAUUUUGCAGCCGGAGCAAACUGCUUUGUCAAUUUUUUGCUUGUAUUCCUAAACAUUUUGGCACAGGUUACAUAUAUCCUCCAGGAUUGGUGGCUUUCUUACUGGGCAAAUGAACAGAGUAAAUUGAAUGUCACUGUAAACGGAAUCAAAGGAAAUGAAACCGAGGAGCUAGAUCUUAACUGGUAUUUAGCAACUUAUGCAGGAUUAACAGCAGCUACAGUUCUCUUUGGAAUAGUGAGAAGUCUUCUGGUAUUCUAUGUCCUUGUGAAUGCUUCACAAAAUUUGCAUAACAAAAUGUUUGAGUCCAUUUUGAGAGCACCAGUGUUGUUCUUUGAUAGAAAUCCAAUUGGAAGAAUUUUAAAUCGCUUCUCCAAAGACAUUGGCCAUCUGGAUGACUUACUGCCACUGACAUUUCUGGACUUCAUACAGACAUUUCUGCAAGUAAUUGGCGUGGUAGCUGUGGCUAUAGCUGUGAUCCCAUGGAUUGCAAUCUCUUUAAUCCCACUUCUUAUUAUUUUCAUUUUUUUUCGACGAUACUUCUUAGAAACAUCAAGAGAUGUGAAACGUUUGGAAUCUACAACUCGGAGCCCGGUAUUUUCCCACUUGUCAUCGUCUCUUCAAGGGCUUUGGACCAUCCGGGCAUACAGAGCUGAGCAAAGAUUCCAGGAAUUAUUCGACGCUCAUCAGGAUCUUCAUUCAGAGGCUUGGUUCUUAUUUUUGACUACAUCCCGAUGGUUUGCUCUGCGUCUGGACGCCAUCUGUGCCAUCUUUGUCAUAGUCACUUCCUUUGGUGCCGUGGUUCUAGCCCAAAGUCUGAAUGCUGGGCAGGUUGGGUUGUCAUUGUCCUAUGCCAUCACUCUCAUGGGAAUGUUCCAGUGGGGAGUUAGACAAAGUGCCGAACUUGAGAAUAUGAUGAUAUCUGUAGAAAGAGUAAUGGAGUAUACAGAUCUUGAAAAGGAAGCCCCAUGGGAAUCCAAGAAACGACCGCCACCAGACUGGCCACAGGAAGGAGUGAUCAUCUUUGAUAAUGUUAAUUUCUCUUAUACUUUGGAUGGACCUGUGAUCUUGAAGCACUUGACUGCGCUCAUUAAAUCAAGAGAAAAGGUUGGAAUUGUGGGACGAACAGGAGCUGGGAAAAGUUCCCUCAUUGCUGCACUUUUUCGAUUGUCAGAACCUGAAGGUAAAAUCUGGAUUGAUAAGAUUUUGACAAGUGAAAUAGGACUUCAUGACUUACGAAAGAAGAUGUCAAUCAUACCUCAGGAACCUGUUUUAUUCACUGGAACAAUGAGAAAAAAUUUGGAUCCUUUUAAUGAGUACACAGAUGAAGAAUUGUGGAAUGCCUUGCAAGAGGUACAACUUAAAGAAGCUAUCGAAGAUCUUCCGGGCAAAAUGGAUACCGAGUUGGCAGAAGCAGGAUCCAAUUUUAGUGUGGGACAAAGACAAUUGGUUUGCCUUGCUCGGGCUAUUCUCAGGAAAAAUCGAAUAUUGAUUAUUGAUGAAGCAACAGCCAAUGUGGAUCCAAGGACGGAUGAAUUAAUACAGAAGACCAUUCGUGAGAAGUUUGACCAGUGCACUGUGCUGACCAUUGCACACAGGUUAAACACUAUUAUCGAUAGUGACAAGAUAAUGGUUUUGGAAGCAGGAAGAUUGAAAGAAUAUGAUGAGCCAUAUCUUUUGCUCCAAAAUAAAGAAAGCCUGUUUUAUAAGAUGGUUCAGCAAACAGGCAAGGCCGAAGCCACUAUCCUCACUGAAACAGCAAAACAGGUGUACUUCAGAAGGAAUUAUCCAGAAGUUACUCAAAAUGGCUACGUAGUUACAAACACUUCAAAUGAGCAGUCUCCAGGUCUCGUUGUUUUUGAGACAGCACUGUGAUCUCCAAAGAAUGGAAAUGUUAUGUCCAAAUCGUUAAGCUCUAAUGGGAUCCUCUUAGAGCAGAUGGACCACUUUUAACAGUGGUUUUGCACUAUGUGACUAGAUUGUAUUUUUGUUAUUCUUAACAUAAAAACAUAUAUUUAUGUACCACAUGUUGUUAGUUUAUGUAAUUGCUUUCUGGUUUCACCCAAUAAUUUUAAAGUGCUAAUGAAACAAGAUUAUUUCUCAUUUUUAUUUAAAUACUAUGGUUUUUGUGUUUUUUUUCUUUGGCUUUUGUGUUUUGUUUUUUAACCAAAUCAAAGGUUAACAUGAACAAAAGUAGCCAGCCAGGUGAUUGUACCCUCACAGACUUCAAACCAAAGCUGAUAUAGGUCAUAUAAGGAAUCAUUCAUACUUAGAUAUACUUUCUAAUUGUCUCAAAUUUGUACAUUGUUUUCAAAUAGCAUCAGGGAUUCUAUUACUUGAAUGUUGUGUGAAGUUGCCACUUGAAGUCUCAUCUUUUCUUUUUGGUGUUUGUAGGUUUGCAUUUUUUAAGUGUCCUUAUGUGAAAUAGUCCAGAAGGUGGAAAAAAAUGCAACAGAAAUAAUUCAUGGCUUAGAAGUACUUUGGCUAUGUGUGCAUUUGGAAGACUUUAUAUAUGGCAAAGACAAAAACUUUAGCUGUAGGUAUCACUUUAAGCUCAAGAUGCAAAGUCAAAAUACUGAGAGAGGAUUGUUUUAUUUUAUAAUAUUUCUUUACAAAAUGAGGGAAACAAAUGUAAGCUUUCUUAAAUUAGGAAUCCACUUAUCUAACUGUAGAGAGCGCAGACAUGUGUUCAUUAUAAUCAUUCAUCUUUUCGAUUUAUCUUAACUAUGGGAGGAUUAGCGAGGGUAGGGAACCGUUUAUCAGUUUUAUACUGAACAUGGUAAAAUUUUUAAAAAGAAGCCAUACGCACUAAUCCUCAAUUAACUGGAAUGCUUAGGGAAUGAAGAAUGACCUCAGGAAAUGCCAUGGAGAUCACUUCCUUUAAUAAGUUCUUGAGACACGUCUUCUUUCCUAUGGUUUUGUCUGUUUUUAGUGAAUGAGUGAAGAUUAUGUAGAUACUAUGACCACUGAGCAAAACAGCUUUCCUCCUCUCCUGACUUAUCCACAGUUUCCUCUGGCCUCCUUACUUGCUGCUCCUGGUCUCAGCUUCCUUUCUCUUCCUUCAUUUUUGCUCUGGUCACUUUUCUUUUUCCCCACCCUCCCUAGUUGGUACUCAGACCACCCCCCCCAACCUCCGUCCUUGGGUCAUCUUUCAGUUAACUGAUCAACUGUAGCAGUGCCUUGGACUUUGGGUCUUCCACAGCCUCUUUCUCAAGUUUGUUUGAAUUUUGAACAGGUAUUGUGGUUGUUGAAUCUCCAUGUGACUUGUACCCUCAAAAGUAGUGGCUAGUUGAAGUUCUGAUUAAUUGGAUUCCAAUUAAUCCAGAUUUUUUACUGUAAUAGUAAAAUAUGUUUUCAAGACUUUCUUGGUUUCCUUAAUGUGUAACUUCCCCAGAAUUGCAUAUAAACUUUUUUUAAGGACCUUGGGGAUGUAACUAGACAGAGAGGACUUAUGUAUCCACAAAAACAUCUAUAUUUUUUAAAAAAUAGAGAAUUUUGUAGGUGUCCCCACAGAAGCCACAGACUUUGUGGAAUUAAGCCUUAAAAGAGUGGACUAUGCAAACAGAUUUAGUAAGCAACCACUCAUUGGUUGAGUGUUUAUUAUUUAAAUAUGUUUAUUUUUAGUCAGGCAAACAAAACAAUAUUGUAGUCAUUCAUUUUUGUGUUUUGGGAAAAUUGAAAUAACUAUAAUAAUGAUGACAAUGGUUAAAAACAAUAGAAGGCAUUCAGAAUGUACUUAUGUUUAUCUUGUGUAUAGAAGGUAACAGUAGUUGCAUAAAUAUAUUCUUCUUUCUUGUUUUAACCUCGUUGUCUUAGGACUUUUUAAAAUGAAACGUUUAAAUAUAAUUGAAAUAAAUUACAACUUUCAUCUCC